UUUUUUUUUAUGAAGUGUUCAUGAGUAAAUACAAUACUUUCGAUUGGAAACAGUAGCAAAAACUCAAAACCUACAAGCUCAUCGCGAGGUUUUUUCCAUCAUCGCGGCUAGAACAAUACCGAAUCUUCUGCACCUGUCAAUUCAGAAACAACUUAUUAGAUGAAGGUGAAAAAGCAGAAGAGGCAUAGAAAAACUUUGACUUUUUACACUGCGUGCUUUGGUUUUCGGAAGCCUUUCAAGGUUUUAUGUGAUGGGACAUUUGUGCACCACCUUCUUGUGAAUCGAAUAACCCCUGCUGACAUCGCACUUGGCAAUAUCCUCAGUGCUACUGUCAAACUCUACACUACCAGGUGUGUUCUGGCUGAGUUGAAGCGACUUGGUAGCUCAUAUUCCGAGUCUCUGGAGGCGGCUCAUAAACUCAUAGUUGCCAGAUGUGAGCAUGCUAAAUGUGUGAGUGCAGAUGUUUGCAUCAAGGAGGUUGUUGGAGAAAACAAUUCUGAACAUUUCUUUGUUGCUAGUCAGGACACUGACCUCCGGAAAAAGUUGCAAGAGGUACCUGGUGUGCCUCUCAUAUAUGGUCUCAGAAAUGCUCUUUUUCUUGAAUCCCCAUCUGCAUUUCAACGACAGUAUGUCAAAACUUCUGAAGAAGGGCGGUUGCAUAUGACUGAGAAAGAGUACAAGAUAUUGAAGCAUAAAGUGAUGAAUAGACUGACUGACGAGGAAGCUAACAAUUCGAUUACUGAAAUAAUGGAAAAUGUAGAUUCAGGAUAUCAGACCACAAAUAUUCAGGCAGUUAAAAAGAGUACUGCUACAAAGAAUCGGAUGGAAAUCAAGGAUAAACCUCAGUUCAAGAGAAAAAAAGCAAAGGGUCCAAACCCACUUUCGUGCAAGAAGAAAAAUAAAAGCCAAAACAUUGAUCUUUCGAAGGAAGCUAAAGGAGACAAUGCAGCGAAGAGAAGUAGGAAAAGGAAAAGGUCACGUAAAGGGAAGAAGAUGCCUACAGAAGGAGCCAGUUAGGUUGAUUUAUUUUAUACUUUGACAAAAAAAGAACUUCUUGACUUUACUUUUUAAAUAUUAGAUUUUCUUAGAUUUUAUAGUCUCUCAAUUUUUCCAUUUGCUUAUAUAUGGAAUUCGAAAUAGCUAAUGAUUAGUGAAAAUGGGUUUGAAUAUUA